AUGCAUCAAAAAUGUGACGAAAUCAGCGCGAACGCGCUGAUGUGCGUGCUGCAAAAGUCGCACGGCGAUCUAUACCGGGCGCUGUUCGACCAGCACGCCCAUCAGAAGCUGCUGCUGCUCCCCGUGGCGCAGGCGCUCGUAAAUGUACACAUAUCUCGCAAGUUUGUCGAGUGCCACAUCCUGAGGGAGACUGAGGUGCCGGGCUACUUUCUCAACCUCGACGGCCAGGCCGUCGAAGUCAACGCGGCGAAGGUGACCACCAGCUUCGGGUUCAAGAACCACGUCGCCGCCAACAUCGUCAGAGAUGACAAGAUACACGACCUGCAAAACGCAGUGAGGGUCUGCCUCAUAGACGACUAUCUUUUGCACGCCGAGCAUACCUGCAAAGACAUGUUCGAGAUAGAUCUCAACGACGUUGAGGCCACAGUAACGAGGUGGUGUGAGGAUAGCGCCGAGUUCCAUAAGGCACUGUACGGGGCGCUCGACAGGGUCAAGAGCACCUUCGUCAUGGUGCCGGGGUAUGAAAACGAGCUGUGCAGCAUGCUGUGUACCCAGGUGGAAAACGCCGUGAACGCCUAUAUCGCAAACAAGAACGACGAGCUCAAGUGCUCCAAACACAACAUGUGCGAGCUCACCCUCAACUUCGCGUUCCACUACCUCAAUGAACACAUCAUGGAGCACUUCAGGAACACCUACAGCAAGCAAGAGGAUAUCGUACAGAAUCGCAUCAUCAAACUUCGGAAGGAGAUGAACCCCAACUCCACGCUCAGCCUGCUAGACGGCAAAAGGCAGGCCACCAACCACAACCUCAACCCCUCUUGCGAGGCGCUCAAAAUGAUGGCUAAAACCAAGCUCCCACAAGACAAGCUCAAACACCUAGCACGGGCCAUACAGUUCAACAAGCCGGAGUCGCGAGACGAGGCGGCGUCCUUAUUUAUAUUGACGCUGGUGGCUGGUGGGCUCACGGACGCCGUGGCCAACUACGCUCUGGUGGACAUGUACGCCUCAGCGAAGUUCUGCAAGCACAAAGUGCAAACGCAACACCUAGACACAUUUAGGGAGGGGCUGCAGUUCCUGCUUGAACACGCCUAA